GAUUAACGUGUAAAAAAUGUCCAACAUCCUCGAUGCGGCGUCCAAAGUUAAAUGGGACCGCACGGCUGCGGCGAAGCGAGCCGUGUUUCUUGCGGCUGCCGCUUACGGUGUCAGAACACUGUAUCCCAUCAUCUGGAAGCAGCUCUGCAAAAAUAAAGAUCCCAACACUACUCGGCCUGGUUCGAAGGCGGCGCAGAAUGGCUCUACUUGUUCAGGAAAAACUCCGGUAGAUGCUGUGGGUGAUAAGAAAGCAUCACCGGGAGUGAAUGCUGAAUUUUUCAAGCAGAUCGUCGAACUUGGUAAAAUUCUCUUUCCCAAGCUUGUUUCAAAAGAGCUCAGUUUGCUUUGCUUGCACUCCGUGGCGCUUAUAUCUAGAACGUUUCUGUCCAUUUACGUGGCUAGCUUGGAUGGAAAGAUAGUCAAAACGAUCGUGGAGAAAAAACCCCAGCGCUUCAUCAUUCAGCUGAUCAAAUGGCUCCUCAUUGCCAUCCCGGCCACGUUCGUCAACAGCGCCAUCCGGUACCUGGAGUGCAAACUGGCCCUGGCCUUCCGCACCCGGCUGGUGAACCAUGCCUACCAGACCUACUUCACACAUCAGACUUACUACAGAGUCAGCAAUAUGGACGGAAGGCUCGCAAACCCGGACCAGUCUCUCACCGAGGACGUCAUGAUGUUUUCCCAGUCGGUGGCCCAUCUCUAUUCCAACCUCACCAAGCCCAUCCUGGAUGUGGUGCUGACCUCCUACACGCUGAUCCAGACAGCCAGAGCGAGAGGAGCCAACGCUAGCGGGCCAACCCUGCUGGCCGGGCUGGUGGUGUUUGCCACGGCUAAGGUCUUGCGUGCAUGCUCGCCCAAAUUUGGCAAGCUAGUAGCCGAGGAGGCUCAUAGGAAGGGCUACCUGCGCUAUGUGCACUCCAGGAUCAUUGCUAAUGCUGAGGAAAUCGCUUUCUACAGAGGACACAAGGUGGAGAUGUGUCAACUGCAGAAGUGCUACCGGGCUCUCGCGGAUCAGAUGAACCUCAUUCUCUCCAAACGUCUGUGGUACAUCAUGAUCGAGCAGUUCCUCAUGAAGUACGUGUGGAGCAGCUGCGGACUCGUCAUGGUGGCGGUGCCCAUCAUCACAGCCACUGGCUUUGCUGACAAUGAAACAGCCGAUGGGCAGACACAGGUGAUGGUGAGUGAGAGGACAGAGGCGUUCACCACCGCCCGUAACCUCCUGGCCUCAGGAGCUGAUGCCAUCGAGAGGAUCAUGUCCUCCUACAAAGAGGUCACAGAGUUGGCCGGUUACACUGCAAGGGUCCACAACAUGUUUGUGGUGUUCGAGGACGUCCAGAAGGGGGUUUACAAGCGCUCCUCUCUAUCAGCCAUCAAUGGAACAAAGAAGAAGAGCAGGCCUGAGAUGCACAUAGAUGGGCCCCUGGAAAUAAAGGGUGAGGUGAUUGAUGUGGACAAGGGCAUUGUGUGUGAGAACGUACCAAUCAUCACACCCAAUGGCGACGUGGUAGUGUCAUGCCUGAACUUGAAGGUGGACGAGGGAAUGCACUUAUUGAUCACAGGGCCUAAUGGCUGUGGAAAAAGCUCUCUAUUCAGGAUCCUCAGUGGCCUGUGGCCCGUCUACGGCGGCCGGCUACACAAGCCGUCUCCUCAACACAUGUUUUACAUCCCACAGAGGCCAUACAUGUCAAUGGGCUCACUGCGAGAUCAGGUGAUCUACCCAGACUUAGUGGAGGACAUGGCUGCCAGAGGGCUGACGGAUAAGGACCUGGAGGCCAUCUUGGACAUUGUUAACCUUAAUCACAUUGUCACCAGAGAGGGAGGCUGGGAUGCUGAGCUGGACUGGAAGGAUGUGCUUUCAGGAGGCGAGAAGCAGAGGAUGGGCAUGGCUCGCAUGUUUUACCACAAGCCUAAAUAUGCCCUGUUGGAUGAGUGUACCAGUGCUGUGAGCAUUGAUGUGGAGGGAAAGAUUUUCCAGGCUGCCAAGGAUGCCGACAUCUCUUUACUCUCCAUCACACAUCGGCCCUCGCUGUGGAAGUACCACACCCACCUGCUGCAGUUUGACGGGGAGGGAGGCUGGCGCUUUGAGCAGCUGGACUCAGCCACGCGCCUCUCCCUCACGGAGGAGAAGCAACGGCUGGAGGCCCAGCUGGCUGGGAUUCCCGAGAUGCAGAAUCGCCUCAACGAGCUCUGCAAGAUCCUGGGAGACGACUCUGUUCUCAAAACAGCCGAUGAGUGAGCGCGAGGAGGAAUGAGGCCCAUUGGGGGAGAAAGAUGAGAAGUGGGGGAAAGUGUGGGAGACAGGGAGGCAGUGAAAGGGAAAAAAAAGCCCUGAUUUGUUUGAGUCUUUUCUGCUGAGGGUUUUUUUUUUUCUUUUUGCUCCGAGCCUCUCUUCUUAAAGCAGGGAGCUCUUAAAGACGGCCAGUCUUUGUACUCUGUUUUCUCUUCUCCCUCUUCUUUUCUUCUUACCCAGCUCCAAUGGGACAAGUUAAAGGGGGGGAGUGAAGUUCAUGGAGUGAAACUCUCCCAUGUAACGUGCACUGACUAUAUAUUCAGCUGUAGAUUUUUAAUGGUUGGAUUUAACAUACAUGUUUACAUGCUGUAAAUGUCAGGAUCAAUUCCUUACCAAAGUAGAAAGCUGAACUGAUAGAUCCAGACUAACUAAGAUGACAAUUUUGUGAUUUUAUAGCACUUUAUUCUGCUUUUAGAGGGCUGUUUCUGCUUGUAGUGAUAGUUCAUGCAUUUGGCUUGAGAAAAUUUUAAUAUGGAACCACUAUCAUGUCCAAAGCAGUAUUCCAGCCCCAGUGCAAUGGGUUGUGUAUUUGUUUUUACCUCCAAAAUUUUGCUUUAGAUGUUUCCUUUUACUGAAAUUAAUACAGAUUUUGAGGUUAAAAAAAGUCUAUUUUUAAUCAUGUGUAUAGCUCACCGUACAAUCCUUUCCCUCAAACCUCAUUUGUGCCCUUCUUAGACUCAAAUGACUGAUACAGGCUCCAACUGUGUUGGCUCUAUUAUUCGAACGAUUAGUGAUGCAGGCCUGACUCCUGAACCAUAGGUUUCUGGUUUAUUGAACAAACACAAUAGGCUAAAGAGGUCCUCUUCAGAGGGUAGAGGAGCAGGGGUGAGCUGACUCUGGAUGUCUAGUCUGUCAGGUCUCAUAGAUAAA